AUGAAACCAGACAAAGCCGUUAGAAUUCCCGCUUGUUUCUCUGAAGCCGCAAAGGUUGAGCAGCUGAGCUCUCACGCAUACCAAGUCAACCUCAGUGAAGCCUUUUGUGUUGGUGCAGUCCCCAAUGGCGGUUACACGUCUGCAUGUAUGCUCGCAGCAGCGAAGAUUCAUCUUCGCCUACGUGACCAGCCCGAUACCCUGACUGCACAUUUCGAGUUUCCAAACCGAGCGUCAACUGGGCCAGCCAUUCUCACAAUCGAGGAUGUCAAGCUUGGUCAGCAAAUCUCCACCCUCCAACUAACUCUCUGGCAGGGUGGACUCCUCUCUCAAGCGCCAUGGAUCGACCAUUUCGUUUCACGACGGCGGGUGCUUGCUUACACCACUCAUACAAAUCUACGCUCAUUCUCUGGCAUCUCAAUGCCUACAGGCUAUGAAGUAACGCCAGCUGCUGAGCUCUCAUCCGUAUCUGAUUUCGAGGCUCUGAAGACCAAUGGCGCCGACGAAGUUUGGGAAAAGUCAAAACUUCCGAAGGCAUACGCGACUAUGAUGCCAUCGCUAGCCCGCUGGCACGGUGAACGCAUCACACAAAGCACACUAGCAUACGUGGUAGAUUCAUUCCCGCACAACAUGCACAAGUUCUUGGCAGCCCCGGUACUGCGUGAGCUUCUGAAUGCGCCCCCUGACCGGUCAGGUGAUUCCGAUAUGAAGGAGGUCCGAGGAAAAGAUCAUCAGCGGGAUGAAAUGUGGUUUCCAACCGUGGUGAUGAAUAUGGAGAUGAAGACGACUCUUCCGGAUGAUGGAAUAGAGUGGUUGGCUGUUCGAGUGUUGUCGAAGCAAAUCAAAGAUGGAAAGUUCGAUCUCGAGGUCCUUGUUCGAGAUCCUGAUGGGGAAAUUAUUGCAUUGAGUCAUCAUGUAGGGUUGAUACUCAAUUUUGUGCAGAACACUAGGAAUAAGGGAUUGUCCAAGGCUUCUUUGUAG